GGGACUUACUGCUUGAAAUAAUGACAACUAUGUAUGCAUUGCAGGCCGUGGAUCACCUUAUGGUGGUUAUGCACAUCAACGAACCCCAAGGCCUCAACGAAAACAAACUGGACCACUUCGUGGAACGCCUUCAACUCUCGUCCAACAUCUGGAGGGAAGUAGAUGUCUUGCGCCCUUUGUGGGCGAAGGUCAAGCACCUGAGUCGCUCGAAAGCUACAGUUCCACCAGAAAAAGGGAGAACAAGAGGCAUUGUCUGAGGCUGGGAACCUGGGGAAGUUUGUGGCGCAGUAUGACGUCAUUCGUGGGCAAAAUGCCAGGGAUAUUCAGAUUGUCAACGGCCAUUUCGUGCACCACUUUUCGCCGGCUGGGUUCCGGCCUACACAGAAGAAGGUCGUAUUUGUCUUGGACAGGAGCGGGUCGAUGGGUGGACGGAAGAUGCAGCAAACAAAAGAGGCGAUGGGCACCAUUCUGUCUGACCUUCGAGAGAAGGACGCCUUCGCAAUCGUCACAUUUGAGAGCUCCACCCAGAGCUGGAGCCCCAGUCUAGUCCCUGCCAACCAAGAGAAUGUCGCUGAUGCCAGAGGCUACAUACGAGACUUACAAGAUGCAGGAGCUACGAACCUUCACCAGGGCCUUGUCGGUGCUAUGGACAUAUUAGAAGAAGCGAAGGACAAUGCUAUCUCCACAGCUGGUACAUUCGACCUUAUCAUCACGCUAACGGAUGGCAUGCCGAACACCGGACAAAUUUCCGACGCGGAGGGCAUCAAGACCGACAUUAGGCGCUGGCUGGAGGGGAGAUUCUCCCUCUUCUGUUUGGGCUUCGGUGAGGGCGUGCGCUAUCCGUUCCUGGAGCAGCUCGCCCUGCAGAACAAGGGCCUGGCCACGCAAGAUCUAUGAAGACUCGGAUGCUGGGCUACAGCUGGUGGGAUUCUUCGAUGAGGUGGCCACUCCGCUACUAGUUAACUUGCACAUCAAAUACCCCCCUAGAUAUGCUGGAGACCAACAGCAUCUCCGAGACUCUGUUCCCGACAUAUUUUGAAGGGACCGAGUUGGUUGUGGCUGGCCAGCUGGCAGUCAACAAGACUCUUCCCGACAACUUAAUUUGCGAGGUGACUGCCGAGACACAGGACACGGAAAUUAAACUGGAGAUGACAGUUAACAUAAAGGAGACGACUGAUGUCGUCCUCGACCCCCAUGCCGUAGAUGACAUCGCCCAACGCCUGUGGGCCUUCCUCAUCACUAUCAAGGAACUCCUUCACAAGCGUAUUGCAGCAUUACGAAUUUCUCCCAUUUAAACGAAUCCGAGUUAGACCUCUCUAACUCGGAAACAAAACAUCCAUUCUGAAAUGGCACCUUUCCCCAGUGGACAAUUUUUAUUGCCCCUUGUGGUGAUAAACCAGUAGUCCUAUGCUUUUGACCUCUGCUAAAGGUACCAGUCCUUGGUACAAAGUGAAUGACAGAUUUAUGUCAUCCUUUGCUGGUUGUGGUCAUUCAUUGCUGCAUUGAUCGCUGGCUUGAUGCUCAGUCAGUGCGUAGUGAUAUGAAAAUCAAAAAAUAAGAAUUUAGAGUU